ACCGCACCUGAGUCACUGUCCAUUAACCCGUCUUCAGAAUCGCAAUGGACGCAAAGCAGUUCCUAUUAAUCGCGAUCUGGUUCCUCCGCAGUGCCCAACUCGAAAAAGUGACCUUCGAAAAUGUGACCCUCUGGACGUCGCCCACCGAAAAAUUCGCGACCAUACCAUCCGGCCGCCACCUCAAAAACCACCUGCCGAAAACCUUCGCCCCUUCGAUCAUCCUCACGGGAAAAAUCCCCGUUCUUCGCAAAAACUCGGUGACGGACAUCGACAGCGUGCAAGAACUGUUCUUCCAGGAAAACGGAAUCGAGGACGUAGAGAGCGGCGCUUUCGGGAAUCUAGCAAGCGUGGUGACUCUGGUGGUGAAUCGGAGCAACUUGACGGUCAUCGAACGAGGCGUUUUCCGAGAUUUGCGGAAAGUCGAGCAGCUGCAAGUGAGUUUUAACCGGAUUGCUACGAUAAAGGAAGGAGCUUUCGAGGAUUUGCCUAGUUUGAAAAGACUGAUUUUGUGGCACAACGAGCUGAAAACCCUCCAAGAAAAUAUUUUCGACGACGUUACAACUCUGGAAGUUGUGGAUUUGUCCGAAAACGAAAUUUCCGUUCUUCCGAAAAACGUUUUCAAGAACUUGCCGAACUUGAAGAUGAUUCUAUUGAGACGAAACAAAAUCGACGAAAUUCCAACUCAAGCUUUGGAGCAUCUUCCAAUUUACUACUUAGAUUUGUCGGGGAAUUCGAUUUCGACGCUUCCUGAGGGUUUUUUUGAAACUUUACCCAAACUGACUGGGAUUAUCUUAUCUGGGAAUCGACUCACGUCUAUCCAACGUGGAAUCUUCAACGAAAAAAAUCUUCAAGACGUGGAACUCGCUUACAACGAAAUUUCUCACAUCGAAUCGCAAGCUUUCGACGACAUGCCGAAUCUGUAUACGAUCGUGUUAUCAAAUAAUAAACUCACCAGAUACGACGUUACAUGGUUUCGUAACACUCCCAAUAUUCACAGACUGUUCUUAUCCAAUAAUAAAAUCGGCGAAAUUCCUGAUGAAGCAUUUCGAAACGUUUACUCCGACAAAAACGUGUGGAUAAAAUUGGAUGGUAACGGUAUUAGUAAAAUUUCUGCGAAGACCUUCCAAGGGGUGAAGAAAUGGGAUUAUUUGAACCUCUCCAACAACGACCUAGAGGCAUGGGAUGGUGAUUUUCUAGCGGAUAGUGAAAUUAUUCACUAUUUGAAUCUCAUAAACAAUAAGAUAAAGUGUCCUGGAGGAAAUUUAGACGACACUUUUAAAGCAGAUUUCACACUUUUGAGUAACAAUUCACUGAGUGAAAAGUGUGUUAAAAGAAUAGAAAAUUGGUUAGUUGAUCAUAGGAAUAAAGUCGUUGUGUAUUAGUGGCUGUUCUUAUUUUUUCUAUAAGUUGAAGAUUUUUAUGCUUAGUGUGAUCUGUAAAAUUUUUACUAAUCUUGUUGGUGCUUCCACAAAAAAUUGUAAAUGCUCAUGUGAGAAUUACUGACUAUUUGGCUGUGCUGUUCGAGUUUUUAAUUAUUUUUUAUUUCAGAGGUUCGGCGAGAUUAUCUGUCUAGUAAACGUAAAACGCGCAUUUUUGUAUUCCACCGACUGCGAAAUGCCAACAAAAUGUGAAAUACUAAAUCAAGAAACAAAGAGAAAAAUUAUGACUUAAUUAGAUUUAUUUUAUAUUUAAGUACAUACAAAAUAAAAAAUAUAAUAUUUUAA